AUGCACCUUCAGAGAUCUUUCGUCGCAACAGUGUUACUCUUUAUACCCGCUUCGCUGGCCCUUUCAGACUACGCAAAUCAGGUCCUUGGUGAUAUCUCCGCUACAUCGAAGUUGAUCCAAAAGCAUGAAGAUACACUCAACCUUUAUAAAGGCGGUAUCACGGCGGCGGUCCCUCUUGCGCAAGAGGCCUAUGAUAUAUGGCGAUCACUGAGGAUUGCGAAUGUUCAUCUGGACGACACCACGUUUACGACAGACGAAUCUGAUGCCAUUGUCGCUGAUCUCACUUCGGCUAAUGAGGUUGCUAUUCGUUUAUUUGGUGCAUACCAGGAAAAGGAACCGCUUCUAAACCAGGCUGGCGUUGGCUUCGUUGCCCCGAUCCUGAUGCAGGCCAUCUAUCGAGAGGUCGACGACUAUGCUGUUCCGUUAAAGCAGCACAUGCCCCAACAGUAUGCUGCGCGAAUGGAACGUCUGAAAGUCACGCAUACGGCGGCGUGGGAUGCAGCAUUCAGUGUAUACGACCCAGCCAGCAACCCAAUUCCGUCCCACCCGUACAUGAAGUUUGUUCCGGCUCUUUUGCCUGCUCUAGGAUUAUUGAUCUAG